UUCUGCGCAUGCGGGAGUCAAUUGUGUGCGUGCCUUGUCACGUGAUAAACGUGCCAGAGAACUGGUUCAAACCGACCGGAAGCUGCGAGCACAGACAGAGCGUGCCGACCGCUAUGACGUCUGCCAGGACUGCCACCCUAAUUCAGCGGCUGAGGGCCGCUACCGCUACUCCUCGCCGCCGCUUCAGCCUGGACGUGAGCGCUCAACUGCUACGUACACGCGGCUACGUGCACGGCGACUGGGUCUCGGCGCCUUCUGACUUCCCGGUCCUGGACCCGGCCACCGGAGUAGAGAUAGCCAGGGUGUCUGACUGCGGGCCGGAAGUCGCCAAGCGAGCCGUGGACUCUGCGUACACUGCUUUCUAUGAGUGGAAGCAGUACACUGCCAAGGAGAGGAGUCUGCUGCUGAGGAAGUGGUUCAAUCUGAUGACUCAGCACAAAGAUCACCUGGCUAGGCUCAUCACCUUUGAGUGUGGCAAACCCCUCAAAGAAUCUCUUGGCGAGAUUGCUUAUGCCGCCUCCUUCUUGGAGUGGUUUUCGGAGGAGGCUCGGCGUGUGUACGGCGAUGUGGUGCCUCCGCCCAUCAAGGACCGAAGGAUCCUCCUCCUCAAGCAACCAGUUGGCGUGACCUCGGUCAUCACACCGUGGAACUUCCCCAGCGCCAUGAUCACCAGGAAGGUCGGUGCGGCGCUAGCGGCUGGGUGCACUGCCGUGCUCAAACCUGCGGAGGACACGCCCCUUUCAGCGCUGGCUCUGGCUGAGCUAGCAGAGCAGGCAGGGAUUCCAGCGGGUGUCUUCAACGUGGUUCCGUGCUCCAGAGAGAUGGCGGCAUCGGUGGGCCGGGUUCUGUGCACGGACCCUCUUGUGGCCAAGAUCUCCUUCACGGGCUCCACUGCCACUGGCAAAAUGUUGCUGAAAAUGGCCGCCGACACUGUCAAGAGGGUUUCCAUGGAGUUAGGAGGCCAUGCGCCCUUCAUUGUGUUUGACAGCGCGGAUGUGGACCAGGCGGUGAAUGGAGCCAUGGGGUCCAAAUUCAGGAACUCUGGACAGACGUGCGUGUGCUCCAACCGCUUCCUGGUACAGAACGGCGUCUACGAGCGUUUUGUGGCCAAGCUGGGCGAAGCCAUGGACGCCCAGUUGCGCGUGGGCCAUGGCAGCGAGGCUGACACUACGCAGGGGCCACUCAUCAACGCCAGAGCGGCUGAAAAGGUGAGCCAGCAGAUAAAUGAUGCCGUGUCGCAGGGGGCCAAGGUGCUGAGGGGCGGCCGACGCCUGCACGGCUCCUUCAUGGAGCCCACCCUACUGGUGGAUGUCACUGCCGACAUGUUGUGUGUGCGGGAGGAAACAUUUGGGCCGCUGGUACCCGUCAUCAGGUUUGACACGGAGGAGGAAGCGCUGGCCCUCGCCAACGCGUCCAACGUCGGUUUGGCAGGUUACUUCUACUCACAGGACAUCAGUCAGAUUUGGCGUGUGUCCGAGGCGUUGGAGGUGGGCUUGGUGGGCGUCAACGAGGGCCUCAUCUCCACGGCGGAAGCCACCUUUGGGGGCGUCAAAGAAUCAGGGAUGGGCCGCGAGGGAUCAAAGUAUGGCGUGGACGAGUACCUGGAGGUCAAGUACGUGUGCAUGGGGGGCCUUAAAGUCUAGUGCCAUGUUCUAAUUAGCGUUAGCCUUCAGAAUAGCAUUAUCUCUUAUUGUUUUGUUGCUAUAAGUUAGCCCUGUAGCGGGCUAGUUAACUUAGCAUCUGUUUGGUGACAAAUGUAGCGGUGGCAACAGCCAAUCAGAAGACGUUUACAGAUUUAACUUUGGAUCGUCAAGUAGAGUUUAAGUAUGGAAAAAUGUCCUUUUAAUUUAAUCGCCUUGGCCCCUGCUUUGUUUUAAUAUGUCGCUGUCUCAAGAAAAAGCAUGUAAUUCCAUAUGAAAAUUGUAGUUAUUGUGAUCUUUGUACAAUAAUAUUUUUAUAUUCAUGUCAUUAUUUAACUUCAUAUCUAAAAGCACAGUGGUAAGCAGAGUCUAAAAAAAAAUGUUGAUUUGUUGACAUUUAUUUUCUUUUGUAAAAAAAAAAAACAUUUCCAUGAAUAAAUUAGUGAGAAGACGACAGUGAGUUUAUUUAAAUACACAAACAUCGAGGCAAAGCAAACAUCAUGGAAGCAAAACACAUUUUUUGUGGGAGUGAAAUACUGCAUAAAUGCGUAAACUUAAAAUGACAGGAACUGAACAGUGUCACGUGAUGAAGCGAGCACGCUCAGACCCAACCGUGUCUCCUCCCAACAAUGUAAACUUUGAGGGUGACGUGACAACGUCAGAACUUCCUGAUGAGAGAAGGAUCAUUGAGGACUAAGGAGGCAGCACUGAGUGUAUCCAAGCAAAACGAAACGAGGAGGAAGUCAGUCACACUUUUCCAUCCUUUCAGCUUGCGGCCCACUGACGUCGGCCAUCUUUAUCACUCUUGGACCCCAACCAACAUGGCUGACACUGUCCGAAAUGUUCUCCGUUUUCUCCACCCAUGCUUGGCAGGAGGUCACAGCUUGUUCUCCUAUUAUGACGUCUUCUGGACAUCCAAAGAUAGUGGCGUAGCAGUCCAGGGUGGCAGCAGAGCAUGCUGGGU